AUGUCUUCCACUGGUCCUACUCGCCAAGCACUGAGUAAUAUUCUCAACAAUACUGAUUCAGCUCCCUCUCAGCGUCAACGCCGCAACCGCCGCCCUUCAGAGAAGGCUCUGUACCAAGUCGAGGAGGACCAAGAACACUGUGAGGCAUGCCGCACCCAAGUGGUCAAGAAAAAAUUAAGGCCACCUGUAAAAAUCGUUGUGGACAGAGGUACACAUGACGGCACACAGUUUUCAACGCAGGCUAUCGCCCUGUCCAGAGGUAGUGUACCAUCCAACAGUCCACUAGAUCUGCGUCCCUGGUUCAGCAAGGUACAUACACCAGCUCUGUCCAGAACGUCUGUGUCUGGGGGCUGGCAGGAAGACCCUCUUACAAAGGAGUCUGGUUUUGGCGAUCGUGAACAGAGGUCCAAUGGUCUCAGUCUCCAACCUGUGCCACGGAAGCUGACAGUGGCACGUGCCAACGAGCUCAUCCAACUUCGACAGUUUGACAACGACGAAGAUGAUGUGUUCACCAGUGGAGAGACAUACCAUGGUGAGGGUAACAACUAUGAGGAUUUGCACCACUUGAAGCGUGUUGUGGCUGCCACCCUCAGAUGA